AUGCGACAUUUCCUUGCCCUCAACACAAUUUGGGCAGUUUCCACGGCCUAUGUGACUCCGGUACCCACAACAACACACGAUGGACUGGAUUUCGUCCGACAAGCAUCUUUCAAAUAUAGCGACCCUGUCAAGCUACGCAUCUCGUUGGUGGUCACAUCCAAAAUCUGCCUGGGUCUGCUGGCAGGGUUACUGGGGUACCGGAUACGCCAGUUCAACCAACAUUUGCUCAAGAACAUGACACUGACACAUGUCUACAUCUUCAUUGACUACAUCUCUGCCAUGACCUUUAUCACCGCCGCUGCAAUUGUUCACAACGGCCUCGGAAUCACAACAGACAAGAUUUGUAGGGCCGCGAUAAGGCUUUGUCUGCUCUUUUACACAGCCGGCAAAGUGAGCAUGUACCUCUUCCUUGUCGAGCGCAUUCACGUUCUGAGGGCUCCCUACCGGUCCCGAUGGAGCGAUUACCUUUGGAUUUUCAGCACCAUUGGCAUCUGCGUCAGUCUUGGGGCCAUUGGCGUGGCUGGGUUUGCCGUGCCCAUCACUUCGCUCUCCAAAGCCGACGGCCGCUGCCGAAUCGGCCUGCAACCAUACGCCAUCAUACCGCUGCUGGUAUGCGACAUUGUUAUCAACGUGCUCCUCACUCUUGUCUUCAUCUAUCUUCUUAGCCCUGUGGUAAGAGGAAACCGACCUUCUGGCGCCGGGUUUGCGAGUAGAUUGGCUAGGGUAAUCGGAACCCUCUGUGGUCGGGCGAAGCAGAGAACAGCCGUUAAUCUUCACCCAGCCAACCAACUUCUGGUACGAAGGGUCGAAAAGCUUCUGUUCAAGACACUGGUGGGAUGCCUCUUGGUCGUAUUACCUGCUUCUGCCAACCUCACUGCUUUGUGCAUAUACCGAGGAAAGAUGCCGGCAUUUAUGUGCUUUACAAUCUGCAUAUUCGAUGUCACAUGGGCGGCUGUGGUGCUUCAUUGGCUCACCAUGGCCAGUGCAGAUAGACGGGAGAGUGGAGCUGCACUGUGA